GUUCCCCGCCCUGUCCUUGGCCCAAGGCCAGAAUGGAGACUACCAGAAGUACAUGAACCAGUAUGCAUCCCAGUACCAGAACUACAUGCAGGGCGCAUCUGGCAACGGCGGUGAUGACUACCAGAAGUACUACAAGAAGUACAUGGCACAGUACGGCUCUGAUUCUGCUGGCGGGUAUGAGAAGUACAUGUCGAAGUAUGCCGGCGACUAUGCCAGCAAGUACAUGCCAUCUAAAUCUUCUGGUUCGACAGACGAGUCUUCUCGAGACGGAAAGAAGCCAGUAAGCUUCGUUGCAGCGGAGGACGCUGACACCUCCAAGUCGAACAAAGACUCCGCACACCAAUCAGAGCAUGCAGCUGACAAGAGUGGAUUCCAGAAGUACAUGGACUACGCCAAAUACACUCAGGGUCACGGCUCACAGGGUGCAGACUACAAGCAGUACCUGGACUACUCCAAGUACACUCAAGGGCACGGCUCGCAGGGCUCGGACUACAAGCAGUAUAUGCAGUCCUACGGCGGGGACUAUAGCAAAUACACGCAGGGGCACGGCUCACAGGGCGGUGACUACAAGCAGUACCUGGACUACUCCAAGUACACUCAAGGGCACGGCUCGCAGGGCUCGGACUACAAGCAGUAUAUGCAGUCCUACGCCGAUGAUUACAGCAAGUACACGCAGGGGCACGGUUCCGACAAGAGCGGCUUCCAGCAGUACAUGGAUUACUCCAAGUACACCAAAGGUCAAGGUCAGCAGGGCUCCUCGGAUGCGGCUUUGAUGUUGGCAGCAACGGGCGCGAAUGCCUCGUCUGAGCACGCCCGGUCGAAUGAGCGAGAAAAACAGCAUGAGGAGCGCGAAAGGCAGCGCGAGGCUCACGAGCGGCAGCAGGAUGACGAGCGUGAGGAGCGCGAAAAGCAGCACGAGAGCCACCUGCGGCAGCAGGAGAAGGAGCACCUACGCCGCGAGCUUGAGUCCGAGCACGCGAGCCUCCGUGCGGAGCUUGCAUCGGAGGAGGAGCACUUGCGGCAUGAGCUUGCUGCCGAAGCCAAGGAGGCUGCAGCGGCGGUCGGCAAGGCAGCAAAUGCCGCCAAGGCCGAUGUGGAAGGCACGACUGCGUCCCACCCAGCGCUGUUGGCCGGUGCCCCUGACCAGCAGAACACAGAGGCAGCGAAGGAGAGCAAGUUGCGCGAGGAGGAGAAGCAGCGCCUGCACGACGAGCUGGCCCAGGAGCGCGAGCGCUUGAGCAAGGAGCUCGCGGAGGAGAAGGAGAAGUUGCGACAGGAGUUGGCUGCAGAGAGGAAGGAAGAGCAGGAGGAGCAGGCAAAGGAGCAAAAG